AUGUCCUUCUUCUGUGUUAAGUUCAUUUCCUUUAAUACUGGAAUACGCAGUGUGGCGAGGUUGGAACCAAGCCCUUUUUGGCAUGAUUUUGAAAUGAACAAAGCUUGGUUUGAUUGGUUGAUCGCGGCUCGCACACACGAUGAUUACAAACAUGUUCACCAUAUACUCAACGAGACCGGCUUGAGAUUCGAUUCAAAUAUCGUUGUUGCAUAUCCAUCUAUGUCAUUUGUGGAAUCGCCUCACCCUGUCGAAGCUCGUAAAUUUGUAGGUGAAUAUCUUCGAUUUGGUUCGUGUAAUUCUACCGAAGAAGGCGGUGAAGCUAAGGAAAUAGACACGACUUUAUUCAACGAUGUUCUUUCCUUUCUAACUGAUCGACUUAACGCGACGACUUAUAUGCAAUACUACAAUAAGUUAGGAUUUCAAACGUACGAAGGUACCUGGACUGGUCUACUUGGAGCUUUGAUGGACAACUCUAUAGAUAUAGGGCUAGAACCUGUGACGUCACACGCUUCUCGGAAUCAAAAUAUGGAUUUUGUCUUCCCUCUGGCGGAAACAAUGUUUAAUAUUUAUAUUCGAGAACAAGAAACUACUGCUGUGCGAGACAUAUUCUUGGCCCCGUUUAAUCCAGUGUUACUGGCAUGUGUAUUCGCGGUUGGUUUUGGGGCAACAAUUGUAAUUUAUAUAAUAAGCAAAUUCGCACCCCCCCUGGGUAACAGCUGUUCGAUGCGAUUUACUGAAGCUUUAGUUUGGUCCACUGGAAUAUUAUGUCAGCAAGGUGGUUCACAAACACCUUCAAAUCCUGCAGCAAGCAUAUUGUUGAUAGUGUGUCUCCUUUUUGCAUCGGUUACGUAUAAUUCUUAUGCGGCUUUUAUAACUUCGGUGUUGUCUGUGAGAGUCGCCAGUGUGGACACCGUCUCAGCUGUCUUGCAGUCAACCAAUCUGAAGAUUGGCUAUAUACGAAAUGGACCGGAUCAAAUGUAUCUGAUGUCAACGAAAGACGUUCAGCUGAAUGCAUUCUAUAUACGCGGCUACUCUGAGGCAGAGAACCUGGUGUCGUCGGCAGAAGAAGGAUUAUUCCGUGCAGCAAAGCAGGAUUAUGCGUUUUUCUCUGAACAAAGAACAGCACGUACUACGCUAAGAUCGCUGAGUCAAGCUCGCGGUCGGUGUUCGUUGCGUGAAUUAGCCGUACCUUCCACACGAGCUCAGCUGGCUUUCCCACUAUCAAAACGUUCACCAUACGCACGACCUAUUUUAGUCAGCUUGCUGCAGCUGCGCGGCGCGGGAGUGGUGGCGCGGCUGAGCACGGCGCUUGUGCCGGCCAUGCCGACGUGCGAACCACCACCGCGCUUCGCCUCAGCCCGUGCCGCCGACGUCCGCUCUGCCUUAGUCGUCUUCCUUAUCGGACUUUUUGCUUCUAUAUUUAUUGGUAAGUGUAAAGUUACAAAGUGCUCCCGCGAGCUGCACGUCUUCAUGAGGCGGGCGCGGGCGCGCGUGGCGCGGGAGUUUCUAAUGGCUCAGUCCGCCCGUAUCGUUCACAGUGAUAUAGCGUCUAUUAGGCGACUACGCGUGUGGUUCUAA